GUCGCUUCCAGCCCAGGCUGACCUGGGAGGGUGACUCCCUUUCGUUCCUAGCACUAUGCCAGGCACUGUGGCGACACUGCGGUUCCAGCUCCUGCCCCCUGAGCCAGAUGAUGCCUUCUGGGGUGCACCCUGUGAACAGCCCCUGGAGCGCAGGUACCAGGCACUGCCGGCCCUCGUCUGCAUCAUGUGCUGUCUGUUUGGAGUCGUCUACUGCUUCUUCGGUUACCGCUGCUUCAAGGCAGUGCUCUUCCUCACUGGGUUGCUGUUUGGCUCGGUGGUCAUCUUCCUGCUGUGCUACCGAGAGCGGGUGCUGGAGACACAGCUGAGUGCCGGGGCGAGUGCGGGCAUCGCACUGGGCAUCGGGCUGCUGUGCGGGCUGGUGGCCAUGCUGGUGCGCAGCGUGGGCCUCUUCCUGGUGGGGCUGCUGCUCGGUCUGCUGCUCGCUGCUGCUGCCCUGCUGGGUUCCACCCCCUACUACCAGCCGGGAUCCGUGUGGAGCCCUUUGGGGCUGCUGCUGGGGGGCGGCCUGCUCUGCGCGCUGCUCACCCUGCGCUGGCCUCGCCCGCUCACCACUCUGGCCACCGCUGUGACUGGCGCUGCGCUCAUCGCCACUGCCGCUGACUACUUUGCUGAGCUGCUGCUGCUGGGGCGCUACGCGGUGGAGCGGCUGCGUGCCGCCCCUGUGCCUCCCCUCUGCUGGCGGAGCUGGGCCCUGCUGGCGCUUUGGCCUCUGCUCAGCCUGAUGGGCGUCCUGGUGCAGUGGCGGGUGACGGCCGAGGGGGACUCCCACACGGAAGUGGUCAUCAGCCGGCAGCGACGCCGUGUGCAGCUGAUGCGGAUACGGCAGCAGGAAGAGCGCAAGGAGAAGCGGCGCAAAAAGAGACCCCCAAGGGCUCCCUCCAGAGGUUCCCGGGCUCCUCCGAGGCCUGGGCCCCCUGACCCUGCUUAUCGGCGCAGGCCAGUGCCCAUCAAACGCUUCAAUGGAGAUGUCCUCUCCCCGAGCUAUAUCCAGAGCUUCCGGGACCGGCAGACAGGAAGCUCACUGAGCUCCUUCAUGGCCUCACCCACAGACAUGGACUAUGAAUAUGGGUCCCGGGGACCACUGACAGCCUGCACAGGGCCCCCUGUGCGGGUAUAGCAGUCUAGCUGCUCCCGCCCACCUGGACUCUGUGGUCACACCGGCUCUGUUAGCUUGCGGAGGCCUGCUGGGCCACGACGCAGCCCACCUCGCCCUGUAGCCUAUGGCUGUUUCUCUACCCUGGAGAGGACUGGCCUGGCUGCUAGAAGGGAGGGCCUGUCUCAGGCUAUGCCUGGUCUGGGGGAAAGCCCUCUCCCAAGGAGCUCCUGAGGGAUGGGGUGUGAGCCCCUUUGGGGUGUGCUCAGGGUUGUGAGUGUGUCACCUGUGUGUGCGUGUGCAUGAAGGGGUGGGUUGGAGGGAACACUGGGACCCUUGCCUUAGAUUUCUGAUUGGCAGGGCUGCUGCAAGGUUUGCCCACCUCCUCCCCCACUGCUGGGGUCCCCUGGGCCACUCUCCUGCAUGUCUACGUGGGGGAGGCCUGCCUUCUUCCCCCACUGCUCUGCCUCUCAGCCAGAUUCAUCCAAGGCUUCUUCUCCUUCUCCACUGCAGCACCCCUCACCCUGGUUCCCUGUCCU